AUGUCUUUCACCACAAGCCAGGCCUGGAAACCCAUCUACGGUCCCGCACACGGGCAGUUUCCCAAAUUCUUUACCAACCAGCUACUCGAACCUCAAUCCAACAUCCUCAGCGCGGAUGAUGGAAACCACGCCUUCUCCCCAAGAUCACUAGCGGAACAGGAGCCACUGGUCCACAGCUACGUCGACUUGCCGGUGCAGAAGUUGUCGGACGUGGCAGAGUCCCGUGUGCCGGCGGAGAUGGGGAGGUGGUUCCACAUCGCGUCCUUUGAUAUCAUUGCCGACUUGGCCUUUGGCGAGUCUCUGGGCGGUCUCGAAAACAACAACUUGCACCACGUGGUGACCUCUGUGCUCUUAUUUAUAGAGAGAGGCAAGAAAUUGUUCGUCCUCGAUGGCUUGCUCGGCCCGCUGGCACGGCUCGUGAGGCCGGUGGUGGCGCCAGGUGUAGCGGAGGGAUUCCUAAGUCAGCUCAGUUUCACUAGGAAGGCGGUAGGCAAGCGGCUGGAAAACGAAUCAGACGUGUCUCGUAAGGAUUUCAUGCCAGGCCUGCUGCGGGGAAGAGACGAGAAGGCCAUCACCUCCACGGAGGAGCUCAUCACGAGCGCGAACACGCUUUUCGUGGCCGGCAGCGACACCACCGCCACAUUGUUGACGGCUUGCACGUUUUACCUCCUGGCAACUCCCCACGCGCACAAGAGAGCAGUGGAAGAAGUACGGAAUGCUUUCGAAUCAGCGGCCGACAUCAACUUCACUAAUGCCACCGCACGCCUGCCUUAUAUGCUUGCCGUGCUCAAUGAGACAGCCAGGCUUUACCCACCUGUGGCGACAGUGCUCGAGAGGUCCGUCCCCCAGACUGGAGAGCCGAUCCACAUUGACGGGGUAUAUCUUCCACCCGGGACCCGCGUAGGCGUCCACAUGUCCUCUGCAGGCCUGUCGGCCUCCAACUUUGCGCAGCCCGAGUCCUUUGCACCCGAGAGAUGGCUGACCAGCUCGUCUCAAGACCCGUCGUCCCCGUUGUACGCCGAUAAGCGGGACCCGAUAAGCGGGACGCGAUCCAGCCAUUUUCAUGCGCCUGAUCAUGGCCCGGCUGCUCUGGGAGUUGGACAUGAGGCUGGACCCGUCGUCUCGCGAGUGGACUGGACGCUGCCUUACUCGCAGCACAAGACCUGGGUUGUGUGGAGGAAGCCGCCGCCGGUGGUGCACAUCAAGAAGCGACAGUUUGCGAUGUAG